CUGCAGCUGGGGAACGGCGGUGCGGCCCUCGCGACCCUGGACGAGCCCUUCUUCCAGGAUCUGUGCAGCUACACAUGGGAAGCAAUUGAUACAGACAAACGUGUGCUUUAUAAAAUAAACCUCUGUUUUGGUGUUGAAGAGUGUGGAAGAUCAAGUGCAGUCUGUGCCUAUGAUGUUGAUAAGAGAACGUAUAUGUCAGUAGGUAGCUUAACUUUGCGAGAAAUUUCUAAAACUCUUUUGGUAUUCAACACUACAAAUAAAUGUUCCCAGCAAGGCACUCAGCACCAAAUUCAAAGCAACAUCAACUUCCUGUGUGGGAAAACUCUGGGUACCCCUGAAUUUGUAACAGCAACAGAGUGUGUACACUAUUUUGAGUGGAGGACCUUUGUUGCUUGCAAGAAAAACUUGUUUAAACCUGUGAAAGAGGUGCCUUGUUAUGUAUUUGAUGAAGAUUUGAAGAAACAUGACUUGAGUCCUCUCAUCAAAGUUCCAGGAUACUACUUGGUGGAUGAUUCUGAUGAUGAUUCCCUGUUUAUAAACGUCUGCAGAGACAUAGGAAGAUCAAGUGGAGAAACCAUAAACUGCCCUGCUGGCAGUGCAGCGUGCUUGAUACAUGAAGGUCAUGCAUAUGAUGUUGGUCGUCCGCAGGAUCAGCUGAAACGCCAUGACAAAGACAGGCUGAUACUGAGUUAUGAGAGAACGUACAAUGAUGAAAAGCUGAAUUUCUGCUUAGGCCAUAACCCAGCAGUAACAAUCACUUUUGUUUGCCCAUCUAAGAGAGGAGAAGAGAGUGCAGGUCCCAAACUCACAGCAAAAACAAAUUGCCGGUAUGAAGUUGAAUGGGUUACUGAGUAUGCCUGUCACAGGGAUUACCUGGAAAGUAAGAGCUGUCUUCUGACUAAUGAGCAACAUGAUGUCUCCAUUGACUUGAAACCACUUACUCUAUCUCCAGAUUAUGUCACACCAUAUUUAGCCAAAGAUGAUAAAGAGGAGUAUUACUAUUACUUGAAUGUAUGUGGGAGAACUGGUGCGGGUAACUGCAAGGACAGCACAGGAUACGCUUCAGCUUGCCAAGUAAAAUCAUCGGAUUACCAGAAGAAGGUGACAGGAAGAUUUGAGAACCAGACUCUAAGAUAUUCUGAUGGGGAUCUCACUUUAAUUUAUCCGAAUGGGGAUGCGUGUAGCUCCGGCUUUCAGAGAAUGACUGUCAUAAACUUUGAGUGCAAUGAAACAGCAGGUAAUGAUGGUAGAGGAACUCCUGUGUUUACUGGUGAAGUGGACUGCACCUAUUUUUUCACUUGGUAUACAAAAUAUGCAUGUGUUAAAGAAAGAGAAGAUCUUCUCUGCAGAGUUGCUGAUAAGAAAAAGCACUAUGAUUUGUCACCUCUGGUCCGCAGUUCAGAAUCAGCCCAGAACUGGGAAGCUGUGGACAGUAAUCUUUCAGAGGAAGGGCGGAAGCGUUAUUACAUCAAUGUCUGCCAUAAAGUGCUGAAGAGAGGAGGAGCUUCUGGCUGCCCAGAUGAUGCUGCUAUUUGCUCUGUAGAUCACGAAAAAAAGAGCAAGAAUCUUGGAACAUUUGUUUCUCCACCUAAGAAGGUUGGAGAAAAUAUUCAACUUACCUAUUCAAAUGGAGAUAGCUGUGGUGUUAACAAAAAAAUCAAAACUGUCAUCACUCUUAUAUGCAGACCAGGUGAUCUAGAAAGUGCUCCGAUCUUGAUAUCUGAGAGUGAAUGUUCAUUUUCUUUUGACUGGUAUACUGCUGCUGCGUGUGUCCUGUCUAAAACGGAAGGAGAUAACUGUCAAGUCUCUGAUCCUCAGGCAGGCUUCUCUUUUGAUUUAUCACCAUUGACCAAGAAAAACGGGCACUACACAGUUAACACUGCAGAAUAUUUGUUCUACAUAAACAUCUGUGGCAGUGUGCCUGAUGAUUUGUGUCACAUGCAAUCAGCAGCAUGCCAGGUAACACAAGGAAAGGAUCAGUUUUGGAGUCUUGGACUACCUAAUUCCAGACUUUCGUAUUAUGAUGGUCUGAUUCAGUUGACCUACAAAAAUGGUACUGCUUACAACAAUGAGAAGAAAACACAGCGAUCUACCCUUAUAACUUUCCUGUGUGAUCAUCAGGCUGGAGUAGGUCAGCCUGAAUAUCAGGUAGAAGACAACUAUACCUACAACUUCAGAUGGUACACUGAAUAUGCCUGUCCUGAAAUGCCACUGGAGUGUAUUGUGACAGAUCCCAACACCAUGGACCAGUAUGACUUGUCAAGCUUAGUAAGAUCGGAGAAGAGAGGUGAAAAUUGGUAUGCCAUGGAUAAUUCAGGACCAAAUGAACGCAAGAAGUACUACAUAAAUGUCUGUCGACCUCUACUUGCUGUUCCAGGAUGUGACCGACGAGCAUCUGUAUGUCAGAUGGAAUAUCGGCAUGAUCAUGAUUCUUACUACGAAGUCACAUCCAUCAGUAAUCUUGGUGUUGCCAGCAAAGAACUAGUAGUUGAAAGACUUGGUCACAUUCUUCUAACCUAUGCAAAUGGCUCUGUAUGCAUCAAUGCUGAUGGAGAGAGAACUUCUUAUAACACCACCAUUCACUUUGUGUGUUCCAGAGGCACUCUUAAUAGCAGCCCCCGGUUUAUAUCUAUUCAAGAAUGUGUGGUUACAUUCUUAUGGGAAACUGAAGCUGCUUGUCCAGUCAAGGAAACAAAAGAUGAUUCUCAGUCCUGCUCUGUGCGAGAUCCAAACAGUGGAUUUUUGUUCGAUCUGCAGCCAUUAGCUGCAGAGAAGGGCUAUACAACCACUGGCAUUGGGAAGACCUACUUGUUAAACAUAUGUGGGCCUAUGCCAGACUGUGGUAAAAUAAAUGGAAAACCAGCUGCUGGAUGUGAAGCAGACAAUCUGACAUCAGUGAGGAUGGUAGAAUUGGAUAAAACUCUUUAUCUGUCUAGUGAAGGGUUUCUAACUCUUACCUACAGAGGUCGUCUUCUUGUUGAAUCAGGAAAAUCGGACACAUUCACGGUGACUUUCAUUUGUAAUGAUUCGUAUCCUGGAGAGCUUAAGUUUGUGCGUGAAGAGAUCAACAGUAUGCUGAACAUUCAUGAUACUUUCUUUGAGUUUCACACAGCUCUGGCUUGUGCUCCUGCUCCUGUAGACUGCCAGGUUACGGAUGCUGCUGGUAAUGAGUAUGACCUAAGUGAUUUGAGCAAAGAGAGUGAACCAUGGGUUGCUAUAGAUACUUCAAAGAAUGCAAAGAAGCGAACGUUUUACUUGAAUGUUUGCAAGCCUUUGCCUUUUGUGCUUGGAUGCCCUGGUGGUGCCAUAGGAUCCUGUGUGAAAUAUGCUGAUAAAAGCAAGAACCUCGGAGUCAUUCAGAUAAAUCCACAGGCUGCUACUGAUGGGUCACUUAGCAUUACUUACUUGAACGGCGAUAUGUGUAAAGAUAAGCAACGCUAUUCUACACGUAUAAUAUUCCAGUGCGAUCAAACAAUGGGAUCACCAGUUUUGGAGCAAGAAGGUGACUGUGAGUUUGUAUUUGUUUGGAGAACCUUGGCAGCCUGUCCUGUUCACAAAGCAGAAGGAGAGGAUUGCCAAGUGAAAGAUCCAAGAUAUGGUCAUGUUUAUAAUCUCAAGCCACUUUCCAAUAAAGACAUAAAAGUGAGUACAGAUGAAUAUGACUACUACUUCAGAGUUUGUGGAGAAAUAACAGAACACUGCAGAUCAGAGGCUCAUUCUGUGUCGUCAUGUCAAGUAAAGAAGAAGGACACCACUUUCAGAAAAGUAGCAGGCUUGCUUACAGAGAAACUGACUUUCAAAAAUGGUUUAAUAAUGAUUAAUUACACCAGCGGAGAGCAAUGUCAUAAAAUAUAUGAACGAUCAACUGCCAUAUUAUUCUACUGUGACAAGACUACAUCAGAGCCUGUAUUUUUGAAGGAAACUCCAGAUUGUACAUAUAUGUUUGAAUGGCACACGCAAUAUGCCUGCCCGCCUGUUAAAUCUACUGAGUGUUCCUACAAGGAUGAUGAAGGAAAUUUUUAUGACUUUUCGUCUCUGACACGGCAUAGAGAGAAUUGGGAGGCAACAGAUAUAUCUACUUCUACAAAGAAAUACUAUAUUAAUGUCUGCAAGCCUUUAGUGCCAUAUGGUGCUGCACGUUCCUGUCCUCCUGAUGCUGCUGCCUCCCUUGUGGAAGGUAUCAAUUGUAUAAGCCUUGGAGAAGUGGCUGAAGGACCCCGGUGGGAAAAUGGUAUUUCUACUCUGAAAUAUAUUAAUGGGGAGCUUUGUCCAGAUAAAAUUCGCAGGAAAACAACAAUAUUGCGCCUCAAGUGUGAUGAAAGCAAAAUUGAAUCAAAGCCAGAACUUAUAAUGGCCAUUGAAGAUUGUGAAUACAGCUUCUUAUGGUUCACUGCUGCUGCGUGUCCUCUUAAAAGCAACAUGCAAAAUGACUGCCGGGUAACGAAUCCUGCAACAGGCCACCUCUUUGAUUUGACAUCACUGGAGCGAGAGUCUGGCUAUACGAUCACUGAUGCACACAACAGAAAAAUUGAGUUGAAUGUUUGUGCUGAAGCUAAAAGCUCAUGUGCUAAUGGAGCUGCUGUCUGCAUCACUGAUGGUCCAAAAACAUUGAAUGCUGGAAAACUAAGUAAAACUUUAACUUAUGAAGAUCAAGUACUAAAGCUUGUUUAUGAAGAUGGUGAUCCUUGUCCUACGGACCUCAAAAUGAAGCAUAAAAGCUAUUUUAGCUUUGUAUGCAAGUCUGAUUCUGGGGAUGACAGCCAGCCUGUUUUUCUGUCUUUUGAUGAGCAGACAUGCACUAGUUACUUCUCCUGGCAUACUUUCUUGGCUUGUGAGGAAGAGGUGAGCUGCUCAGUUUUGAAUGGCAGUUCUGUUAUUGACCUGUCUCCUCUGAUCCAUCGCACUGGUUAUUAUGAGGCAUUUGUGGAUGGAGAUGCAUCAGAUGUUUCUCCGGACUUCUAUAUCAACAUUUGUGAGCCUCUCAAUCCUAUCAAAGAUGUUAAUUGCCCACCUGGAGCAGCUGUUUGUAUGGUUCCUGUUAAUGAAUUGCCAAUAGAUAUUGGUCGUGUUACUCAACCUCCCAAGUUAAAUGAGGCAGUAAAUGAAGUUUACAUCACUUACAACAGCACUACUCCCUGUCAGAUAAACAACAAAUUGAACUAUACUUCUCUUAUUGUAUUUCACUGCAGCCAAGGAACUAGUCUGGGUAAGCCAAAGAUGAUAAGAAAACUUGACUGCAGUUUUGUGUUUGAGUGGGAAACACCAGUUGUGUGCCCCGAUCGAGUGAAAACUUUGGGCUGUUCUGUGAGUGAUGAACAGUUACACUAUACUUUUAACUUGACCAGCCUUUCUGGAAGAUCAUUUGAGGUACUUUCUGGAUCCAGCAGAUACCACGUUAGUGUAUGCAGUAAGGCAGCAGCAGAUGUGUCCCAGGGAAAAUGCAAAGAUGGGGCAGUGUGUAUGACAUCCGGAAGUGGUGUGUCCUCAUUUGGAAGCAUAAAGGAAAUGAAAAUGGACUAUAGCCACCAAGAUGAAACAGUCAUCUUGCAGUAUACAGGAGGUGAUCGGUGUCCUCCAGUGACAGAAAAGGGAGAGCUUUGUGUGUUUCCCUUCAAGUACAAAGGGAAGAGCUAUGAUAAAUGUAUUACAGAAGAAAAGAAUAGGCCAUGGUGUGCUACAGCUAAGGACUAUCAGGGAGAUGGAAAGUGGGGAUACUGUGUGAAUGCAACUGCAAGAAGGGCAUCUACUAUUAUUUUUGUAUGUGAUGAAAAUGCUGGCAGUGGGAGUCCACACCUUCUGAGUGACAUACUUGGCUGUGCUGUGACAUUUGAAUGGAGGACACAGGCUGUUUGUCCUCCAAAGAAGAUGGAGUGCAAGUUUGUCCAGAAACACAGAACUUAUGACUUGAGAAUGCUCUCUUCCUUGACGGGCUCAUGGGUCUUUUAUCACAAUGGAAAUUCGUACUACUUGAAUCUCUGUCAGAGGGUAUAUGAAGGACCCACUGGCUGUCCUGAAAGGGCCAGUAUUUGUAGGAAAAGCAACAAUGGAGAUGUUGAAGUUCUUGGACUUGUUCAUACACAGAAGCUGAAUGUGACAGGUGAUACAGUGUAUAUUAGUUAUUCUGGUGGACAGGAAUGUAGGAAGAACAAGAAAAUAAUGACAAUUAUAGAACUGAGGUGUGCAAAAACAGUUGGCAUGCCUAUGCUGCAGAGGAUUGAUGAGGAAAACUGUGCUUACUACAUCAUUUGGGACACACGUGCAGCUUGUGCUUUGAAGCCACAGGAGGUGGAGGUAGUGAAUGGAACAGUUAUUAAUCCUGCAACUGGGAAAAACUUCUCAUUAGGGAAUGUCUAUAACAAGUUGUACAUGGCUUCUGGUGACAUAAGAACAAACGGAGAUCAAUAUGUAUAUGAAAUACAACUUUCUGGUAUCACAAACUCGAGUUUCCCAGAGUGCUCUGAAGCAAACAUCUGCCAGGUUAAAACUAGUGAACGCCGCUUUCGGAAAAUUGGAUGGGCCAAAAAAGCUAAAUAUUAUGUUGAAGAUGAUGACUUGGAUGUCAUAUUUUCAUCAGACUCCAGAUGUGGUAAAGAUAAAUCAAAGUUUGUCUCUUCGUCAAUUUUAUUCCACUGCAAUCCUCAUGUAAAGGAAGGCAUCCCUGAAUUUCUUCAUGAGACAGCAGACUGUCAGUAUUUAUUUACAUGGUAUACAUCUGCUGUGUGUCCACUAAUAUCAACCAUUGCUCCAGGAAUCCAUGAGGGCCAAUCUGAUCAGGAAGCCCAAGUAUAUAAGGGCCUUUCAAGGAGAAGUCAGGCAGUUGGUGCUGUGCUGAGUGUCCUCCUGGUUGUUCUCACUGCAUGCCUAAUAAUCUUGCUGUUCUACAAAAAAGAGAGGAGGGAAACUGUGGUAAACAAGAUAACAAACUGCUGCAGAAGAACAUCGGGUGUUUCCUAUAAAUACACAAAGAUAAACAGUGAAGAAGAAGCUAAUGAGAAUGAAACAGAGUGGCUUAUGGAGGAAAUUGCAGCACCAAAUCAAAGAACAGUAAAAGGAGUGCAGGAGAACGGUCACGUUACUACCAAGUCUGUUACAUCUGAUGCUUUUACAUCUCUCCAUGUGGAUGACCUGGACAGUGAGGAUGAAGUGUUAACCAUCCCAGAUGUAAAGAUUCAGACAGGAAGAGGACUAGACAAAAGCAAGCACCCACAAAAGAAGCCACCAAGCUUUGCCAGUGAUGACAAAGCUUACUUGCUGAACGGGGGAAAGGAGAGGAAAGCAAAAGCCAAGCUUGGCCAACAGCAGGCACAGAACUCUACAAAUUCAGUAUCAUUUCAUGAUGAUAGUGAUGAGGACUUGUUGAAUGUUUAAUAAUCCCUCUUGUGCCUAAUCAAAUAUAUAUAUGGAGAGAUUAUAUAUAAAUGGGACAAACAGUUUCAACCAAAUAUGAGGACUUCAGACUGAAAGAUUUUUCUGAAUUUUGCCUUUAACAAGAAACCAUUGAAAAGGGAAGGAGAGAAAGAUGUCUUGGUUGUUGUUUACAAUGAUCUGUUCAGUAAUGACUGGAUUUGUAGCAUCCGGUAGGCUGAGUUAUGUUGACUCUCUCUAGCCAGGACAACUUUUUUAAGCCUCAGCAUAGAUAUGAAAUACUUCUUUAAAAAAAGAAACCUUUCAAAGGUCAAGAUUAAAGCUGAAUUAGGCCCCUGGCUCCUGAGAUUCAAAUUAUCUAGAUGACUACUAGCAUUUUAACUCCUUGUAUUUAUUGGUCCUCACUACUCAGGUUUGCUUAUAGCAACGUGUUCUUCCUGCCGGCAGGGUAUUAUUCUAUGGGUUCACCCUUCAAUGGGUUCAUCCAUUGUAAGAUGAGGAAAAAUAUAACUUUUCUGUGUUGGGAUAAUUUGAUGUAAAUUUUAGAACUGGUCUAAUUUAUCCUGUAAAUUUGAAUAUACAUUCUAAUUUAAACAGAUCAUUGGUUCAAAGGUAGUGACUGAAAGGUACAAUUCUGUAUAGCUUUAGCCUGAGAUGAUUGCUGUUCUUUGCAUGAUGUUUCUUGGUACUGGUCAUACAACUGACUUCAUCAGUAUUUGCCUAAGCAGCUGAUAAGCAUCCAAAGACUUCUUUUCCUCUAGAUUAUGACUGGAUUAGAGUGACUACAGAGAAUCAGUGUUCAGGGCCAUAGAAGCAGAAUUCCUAGAAUACAACCUGAUACAGCCCAGUUUGUCAUCAUGAAAGAAAACCUCAACAACUAGAGGAGCCCCAGUCCCCCAGUCUGUACAAUGCCUCUCUGUCAUUCAUUAGGAAAAAAAUAUUGGGCUAUUGUUUCUGAAAGCCUAAGUUCAGACUCUUACACAGCGUUUGUGGCCGUGGUCAUUGAUUUGCAGUGUUGCUGGCAAUGAAUGGAAGUCAGAUUUCCUCUAGCAGUUUUGCUCUUCUCCAGGUGUUUGUUUAAUUUAUGGGCAAUAUUAAGGCUUCAAAAAAUUCUACAAUUGUGUUUUUUAGAAUUUUUUGAAACUCUUCAUUGUUUAUUUUGGCAGGCUUAUUCAGUUUCAACAAUGGUUUCUUUUUAUAAAAACUCCAUUUUGAAUCAAAAUAGUGUAAUAUAAAGUAUUUAGCAAUUUCAAUAAAAGAUAUGACGUGGGUAUUCCAAAUCCCACAUCUCAA